AUGACUGGCGCGACCGAUGGCGCGCUGCCCCAGGCCCUCCUCGACGCCCUUCCGUCUUUGGAGCCCACCUUCGGCGCCAUGCUUGUUGGCUCCUUCCUCAGCUUCAUCCUUUUUGGCGUAAGCCUUCUCCAAGGGUACACUUACGCGCGCAACCACUACUCCGACCCCAUUCACAUCAUCGCAUUGGUGGCCUUGGUGGUACUCCUGGACACAACACACAUGGUUUUAAUUGCGCAUGCAGCGUACUACUACUUGGUUUCACACUAUUUCGAUCCAGUACAUCUACAGCUCGCUGUGUGGUCCCUGAACCUGCUGACUCCCAUUGGGGCUGCAAUAGCAUGCGCUACACAGAUGUUUUUUGCCCGACGAGUGUCCUUGAUCUCGUUCAGAUACAAAUUCGUGGCUGGCGUCUCUGCAGUUUGCUCGGCAGGAACCGCGGCAUGCAGUGUCGUUCUGACCGUCAAAGCCUUCCAGAGCGGAUCCACGAGCUUCGCUACUGAAGAACUGCCCCUUCGAUCCAUCCUCUUCAGCUGUGCGACGGUCACGGCUGUGUCGCUCACCUUGGAGGCCCACACGGUGUCCGAGUUCAUCACUCAUUACGUCGUGAACACAGGGAUCGUUAUUCUCAUUGCCGACCUCACCACUCUCAUUCUGACGUUCGCACUUCCGGGCACGCUGUACUGGAGCAUAUUCUAUCUGAUAUCUAUCCGACUCGACUCGAUCACGCUGCUGAGCGUCCUCAACUCGCGCAAGCUCCUCUUUACGGAGCUCAACAUCCUUGGCGGAAACACAGUCAUCAUAGAUGCUCUCUCACACAGGGACCGACUGGCACAGGUCGCGAGAUACAACGUGCCACAGCUCCCAUCGGAGACUCCGCCGUCUAUUAUUGAUAUCAGGGUGACCACGGAGAUGGAGAACCACGUCCACGGCCACGAGGAUGAGUCGGUGUCUCACGUAGGAGUGGAGGAGAAGGACCUAGUUCUAGCGAUCGAAUGA